AUGGGAAAAGCGGUGAUCGUCACAGGGGCUUCUUCAGGCAUCGGUUUGGGCAUCGCCCUCAUGUAUCUCAGCGAGGGCGAUGAUGUGGUGCUGGUCGGAAGGGAUCUGCAACGACUAGAGUCUGCCAUACCGAAAGAUUUUCAGGCCAAAGGCAAGGCCUUGUACCUGGCAAAGGACGUCUCAACGUUGGAGGGCUGCAGAGGAGUGAUCGAGGAAGGAACAAAGCUGCUUGGAGGACGCCUGAAUGCUCUUGUCAACAAUGCAGGUGCCGGCAAGUUUGGGCUCUUCCUAGAGAACAUAACACCGGAGCAGUGGGCGACCCACAUGGACCUCAACGUCAACUCUGUCCUCUACCUGACACAGCUGGCCAUUCCCCUGCUGGAGGCAAGCAAUCAUAUCUUCAUACCAAACCCAUUUGUUCAAUGUUCGAAUUCGGGAUGUCCUGUGUCAGGAAAUCAUGCGUCCAAGGGUAGCAUUGUGAACAUUUCCAGCAUUGCGGGUCAGAGGCCUGUACGUGGAGCUGCUGCCUACUGCGUGAGCAAGGCUGCUGUUGACAUGCUGACCAAGGCAUCUGCGCUCGAGCUUGCACCAAAGGGCAUCCGAGUGAAUGCCAUCAACCCGUCAACAGUGGAGUCCAACUUCUUCACAACCGCUGGACUGUCGCAAGAGCAAGCCAAGGCUUACAUGGUCAACUCAGCCACGGGUCACCCCAUUGGCCGAGUGGGAGUGCCUGCUGAUGUGGCGGAGCUGUGCUAUUUUCUGACAGACAAUGCCAAGUCUGGAUGGCUCACAGGGCAAUGCAUCCUGCUUGAUGGCGGCCGCCUGCUGCCAAUUCCUAUGGCUAACUGA